GAGUAUGCGCCUUAGCUUCAUUCGUUCGGCGACAAUGGCGGCAGACCUUGAUCGGUUUCAACAGCUUUUAAAUACACUUGUUAGCACGGAUAACGAUGCCAGAUCACAAGCAGAGGAGGCAUACAAUAAUUUACCAUUGGAAAGGAAGGUGACAUUUCUCUUAACAUCGUUAUGCAAUGCCACGCUUGUCGAAGAAAUGCGUGCUAUGGCUGCAGUUUUAUUACGCAGACUCUUUUCAUCAGAGUUUGUGGAUUUUUAUCCAACAAUUCCGCCAGAAGCACAAGCUCAGCUGAAAGAACAAAUUUUAUUGUCUGUUCAAAAUGAACAGACAGAAACUAUUCGACGGAAAGUUUGUGAAGUUGCAGCUGAAGUUGCACGAAACUUGAUUGAUGAAGAUGGUAAUAAUCAGUGGCCAGAAUUUUUGCAGUUCCUAUUCCAAUGUGCUAAUAGUCCUUUGCCAGCACUAAAAGAAAGCGCUCUUCGAAUGUUCACAUCCGUCCCAGGCGUUUUUGCAAAUCAACAAGCAAAUUACCUUGAUCUUAUUAAACAAAUGUUGCAGCAGUCUCUCAUGGAUUCUACAAAUUACGAGGUCAGGUUUCAAGCUGUAAGAGCAAUUGCAGCAUUUAUUAUUUUGCACGAUACAGAAGACAAUAUACAAAAACACUUCUCAGAGCUACUACCUGCAGUUGUACAAGUAACUGCUGAGUCAGUAGAGAAACAAACAGAUGACGCUCUUUUAAAAGUUUUGAUUGAUUUGGCAGGAUCGACGCCCAAAUUUCUCAGAUUUCAGUUAGGAAAUAUAAUGGAAAUGUGUAUGAAAAUAUUUUCUAAUGAAGAAAUGCCAGAUUCUUGGAGACAAUUAGCGUUAGAAGUAUUAGUAACAUUAUCAGAAACUGCUCCUGCCAUGGUACGUAAAGUAGGCGGAAAAUAUAUUGUAUCUUUAGUACCACUAGUAUUAAAGAUGAUGACAGACAUAGAGGAGGAUAAAAAUUGGAGCUUUGCUGACAAGAUUGUCGACGAUGAUAAUGACAGUAACAAUGUUGUUGCUGAAAGUGCUUUAGACAGAUUAGCAUGUGGUUUAGGUGGUAAAACAAUGCUACCACAAAUUGUACAGAAUAUUCCUUCGAUGUUAAAUAAUAGCGACUGGAAAUACAGGCAUGCAGCUCUUAUGGCAAUUUCUGCAGUGGGAGAAGGUUGUCAUAAACAAAUGGAAGCAAUAUUACCACAAAUCAUGGAUGGAGUCAUUCAGUACCUACAAGAUCCGCACCCUCGUGUAAGAUAUGCUGCUUGUAACGCGGUGGGUCAAAUGUCAACCGAUUUUGCACCUACAUUUGAAAAGAAAUUCCACAAUAAAGUUAUUCCCGGAUUGUUAAUGGUUUUGGAUGAUAAUGCAAAUCCAAGAGUUCAAGCUCAUGCAGGUGCAGCCCUUGUGAACUUCAGCGAAGAUUGUCCGAAAUACAUAUUAACACCAUAUUUAGAUGCUAUUAUGGCUAAAUUGGAAUCAAUACUUACUGCGAAAUUUCAGGAACUAGUCGAAAAGGGAACGAAACUCGUUCUUGAACAAGUCGUGACAACCAUUGCGUCGGUAGCCGAUACUUGUGAAGAACAGUUUGUAACAUAUUAUGACAGACUAAUGCCAUGCUUAAAAUAUAUUAUACAAAAUGCAAAUCUUCAAGAACACAAAAUGCUUCGAGGUAAAACUAUCGAAUGUGUGAGUCUUAUAGGACUUGCAGUUGGGCCUGAAAAGUUUAUUGCAGAUGCCAGUGAAGUUAUGGAUAUGUUAUUAAAAACCCAUUCAGAAGGAGACCUUCCAGAUGAUGAUCCACAAACAAGUUAUUUAAUAUCUGCUUGGGCUCGAAUUUGUAAAAUUCUUGGUAAACAGUUUGAACAAUAUUUGCCACUGGUAAUGGGUCCAGUUUUACGUACAGCAUCUAUGAAACCUGAAGUCGCUUUACUUGAUAAUGAAGAUAUGGAGGGUAUGGAAGAUGUGGAUUGGGAAUUUGUCUCUCUUGGAGAACAGCAAAACUUUGGAAUCAAAACAGCUGGAUUAGAAGAUAAAGCUUCUGCCUGUGAAAUGCUAGUUUGUUACGCGCGAGAAUUAAAAGAAGGUUUCGCGGAUUAUGCAGAAGAAGUAGUACGAUUAAUGGUUCCCAUGUUGAAGUUUUACUUCCAUGAUGGUGUUAGAACAGCGGCUGCUGCAAGUUUACCGUACCUUCUUGACUGUGCAAAAAUAAAAGGUCCACAAUAUCUUGAAGGAAUGUGGGCGUACAUCUGCCCAGACCUUCUAAACGCUAUUGAUACGGAACCGGAAUCUGAAGUCCUAUUGGAAUUAUUAUAUUCAUUAGCUAAGUGUAUUGAAACACUUGGUACUGGUUGUUUAGGAGCACAACCUAUGGCUGAGCUUUUACGUAUAUUAGAUAAGUUACUUAAUAAGCAUUUUGAAAGAGCAGUUGCCAGAUUGGAAAAACGUAAAGAUGAAGAUUACGAUGAGGUUGUCGAAGAACAGCUUGCAGAUGAAGACGAUGAGGAUGUAUAUACACUAAGUAAAAUAGCAGAUAUCCUACAUGCCCUAUUUACAACUCACGAAGCAUCGUUCUUCCCAUAUUUCGAUCAAAUUUGUGGGCAUUUUGUAAAAUUGUUAAGUCCUGAAAGAUCUUGGUCGGAUCAUCAAUGGGCUUUGUGUGUCUUUGACGAUGUGAUAGAAUUUGGUGGGCCCGAGUGCGCAAAAUACCAAGAAUAUUUUCUUCGGCCAAUGAUACAAUAUGUGUCAGACACAUCAGCGGAAGUUAGACAGGCAGCAGCUUACGGUUGUGGAGUUUUGGGGCUAUAUGGGGGAGAAGCAUUUGCUCAAGCAUGUGCAGAAGCCUUACCUAGGUUAAUGGAAGUUAUAAAUGAUCCAGAGUCUAGAUCUCCAGAAAAUGUUAAUCCUACUGAAAAUGCUAUUUCUGCAGUAACAAAAAUUCUUAAAUAUAAUAAUAAAGCCAUUAAUGUUGAUGAAAUACUUCCUCAUUGGUUGUCUUGGUUACCAGUAGUAGAAGACGAAGAUGAAGCACCUUACGUAUAUGGAUAUCUUUGCGAUCUUAUUGAAGCAAAUCAUGUAGCAGUUUUAGGGCCAAACAAUGCAAAUCUACCUCGACUAAUAAGUUUCUUUGCUGAAGCACUUCACAGAGAUGCAGUACCAUCAGAUAAUAUUGUUAUGGGCAGAAUUCUUAGUAUUGUUAGACAAAUACAGAACAACGAGUCUAUGUUCCAAGCAUGCAUAAAUGCAUUGACAGCAGAUCAGCAACAAGCAUUACACGAAGCACUUAGUGCACAGCCUACUAAUUAGCCAUUUGUUUUUUAUCCCCGAACUUAAACGCCUUAACAUAAAAGAGAAAAAAACACAUUUGCUUUAAUAAAGCUUAUCGUGAAAUCACAGACUUUAGGUAGCUACAUUAUACCUACGGAACGUUUGCUCCAGCCUAAUUAUAAAGAGAGACACUAUACCGUAUGUAACUAUUUGACACGACGCGCAUAUUUGUUAAUUAUAUUUCACUAAUAGGUACAAUACUCUUCCCGUUUUUUACUAUUUGGAAUUGCUGCAAAUUACGUGAAAUGAAAUUCACGCUCAUCAACACACUCAGCGACGUAUUAUACAUUGCGCAUAAAUCUAAGAAUGUAAACAUAAACUAAAACAUAAGCGAGUUCGCAUUGACGAAAAUUUUUUUAACUAGUUUCCUGUUUGCAUUACUCGUAAGGAACAGCAAUAUAAUAUAACCAGAUGUACAUAUGUGGAUUCAUUUUGAACACAACAAAAUUACUACAAUAUUACACUUCCCGCCAUUGAUAGCCGAACGAUGCUAAAUUUUUUAAUUACAGCUUUGUAAAUUGCAUAGUAUUUUUAAAUAUAAAUGAUAGCUUUGUUCCGCGAACAUCAAAAUCUUCUUUUGUCACUGCGAUCUCUUAUUUGUCCCAAUUAUUUGCAUUCUGAAACUAUUUAUUCGGAAGAAUAAUAAAACUAUAAAAAGUGAAAAAUAUAUUGGAAAGUCACCAACUUAUUGCCAUCAAAUAAUGGCAGAAUAUAUUGUGAUUUAGGUAUUUUAUUAUUAAAUUUAGGUACAGUAAAUGUUAUUUAAUAAUAAUAUUGAUAAUAUUACAGCGUUGAAGUUAGACGGAGCCGUAUACGAUGACUUGAAAUGAAACGUAAUGAACUUCAAAAAGUUUUAAGUCUUGAAUGAUAUAAUUCGUAGUAUACUAUAACACCUGCUAACUCUGACAUUUCUCGAAUUCAGAUUGAAAGAAACCGGUAUUUUCAGUUUAAUGAAAUUUUAUUUGAUUUUGUAAUUUUACAGCUGAUUUAUAUUAACUUAUUACACUUAUUUAGCUGUAAUUUUACACUUAUUUGUUGUUGUGACAUCUGCAGAUGGGAAAAAAGAUAAUGCUGGGCAUUACGUUUCUUCAACAUUAUUGUAUAACAAGAAUAUAAAUUAAGGACAACAAUGUUACAAAUGAAAUGACUGAGAGGAAUAGCGAAAUUACAACUUCCUGUUCUUGUUGCUAUUUAUUUAUACACAACAAUUGACAUAAUAUUUACUGUUGCAUGCAAACUUGCAAUGGAAAAUAUACUUCAUAUAAAAUUUGCGGCUAGUUGCAACAUAAAAUCCUUAAAAAAAAAUUUUUGUUACGAUAUAUGUAAGGGAAUAGAAAUAAUGGUCGAACAUUUAUUUGUAUAUAUAUAUAUCAAAGUAUAUUAAUAUUAAAUAAAUACAUAAAGUUGAAUUA